AUGAACACUUGUUUAGCACAACUCCAAACAUUCUCAGUCCAACAAGGGAAUGCCAUGAACCACUAUAUGGGCUCUUUUGAGUUUCCGGGGCCAUCAAUUCCUGUCAUCCCUCUCCUUUUCAUGUCCAUGCUCAUCCCAAUCUACUUGUUCUUCUUCAUUCCUUUCGCUAUAAAGAUCACAAACCAUCCUGCAGGCAACAUGCAGCUUCAAUGCAUCGGUGUUGGACUAGUCCUAUCUACAAUUUCAUGGCUGUUGUUAGACGAUGUAAUCCUAGCUGUAGCUGUAUUCCUAACUUGUAGGGGUAAAAGUCUUGUAGAGCAAGGAAUAGCAAGGUCUCAAAACCCUAGCUUCCCCUUAUUUUGUUUUCGGCUGACUCCUCCUGCCGUUCCUUUUUUCAUCAUGGGAGACUCAGAUUCCAGUCCUUUUUCCCUUCACCAUUCUGAUCAUCCUAACCUUGUUCUUGUCUCCACCAAAUUAAAUGGAGACAAUUAUACCACCUGGGCACGCGGCAUGGAGAUCUCUUUGAGCGCCAAGAACAAACUUGGCUUUAUUCAUGGUACUAUUGGGGAACCGUCCUCCUCCACGGACCCUGAUAAACACGCUGCCUGGCGCCGCUGCAACAAUAUGAUUCUUUCUUGGCUUCUCCAUUCUUUGGAGCCUGACCUUGCCGAGUCCGUCCUUUUUUCCACCACUACCAAAGCUGUUUGGGACGACCUCCGUGAACAGUUUUCCCAAAGCAACGCUCCUCGCAUCUUUCAACUCAACUGUGCAAUUGCCACCAUCUCCCAAGGGACUUCUUCUGUUUCUGCCUAUUUCACUCGUCUCAAAGGCCCUUGGGACGAACUUGCCUCAUACAACGAACCCUGCACUUGUUCUUCAGGCACCAAGAACGACAGACAGUAG